GUCGGUUGUUUUUUUCUGACCCUUGAACAAUACACAAUCCUCGGCACCAUGCGAACCUUCUUGUACAUUUUCCUAAUAACAGGCGGGGUGAAAAGUGACGAUUACGUUUGCGAAAUCAACGCUUGUGAGGCUCUGGAGCAGAGCAAAAUCGAUCUGCAAGAAUUCAUCGAUAGUUUAGAGGACAGCAAUAAUAACAGCCAUUUGGUCAAACUGGAGCGGAGAUUACGUUCGUUGGAGCAACCAGUGUGGAAAGUCUCGAAAUUGAACGAGAGGUGGCUGGAAUGUGCACAAGGGCCUUGCAAAUGCAGGCCGGAAACGAAGAGUUUGUCCUGCUGGCAGCAGGGUUUUGCGACGUUACCGCCUCUUCAAGUGUUGCCACAAGAUGUUAUUUCGAUCGAUUUGGGAAUCAAUGGGCUUACGACACUUAACAAAAAUGCCUUUCCCAUGUUGUCGCACUUGUCCGAGCUUGAUCUCUUCGAUAACGAGCUUGAUUAUUUGCCAGAAUCGGUGUUUGACGACUUAAACAACUUGCAUUACUUGCGACUGCAUAAAAAUAAACUAGAAGACGUUUCGCACAAUUUAUUAUUUAAGUUGAAAAAUUUGCAAACGCUUGACAUGUCCAAUAAUAAUAUUCGGCAGUUGCAUCCUCACUUUUUCAAAGGAAAUCUCAAACUGAUUGUUUUACACAUGUCCAGAAACCAGAUCAAAAUCGUCCCCCAAACGCUUUUCUCUAACUUGGGAGUGCUCGAAGAUUUGGAUUUUAGCAACAACAAGAUUGAGAGACUGCCGAAAUUUUUGUUUACAGACUUGAAGAAUCUUAAACGGUUGCAAUUGGCCGAAAACAGAAUUGAUUAUCUACCAACAGGUUUAUUUGACCCACUGUCGAAGCUCGAGUAUUUGAAUUUCGGGAAAAACCACAUUUCCAGUAUUUCUGACAAACUUUUCGGCAAUUUGGCAAACCUGAAGUUUCUACAACUAACGUCGAAUCAUUUGAGACGAGUGCAAUUAAACGAUUUUGCGAAUUUACAAAACCUGGAGGAGCUACAUUUGGGUCAGAAUUUUAUUGCCGAACUGCCGGAAAAUUGCUUCGAGACCAACAACAAUUUGAAAAAACUGUUCCUGUUUGCCAACAAUUUGGAAGAGUUGGGAGAAAAAAGUUUCAACGGGUUAACUAAUCUAACGUCACUUUUAAUCAACAAUAACAUUCUCAACAGCAUCCAUGAAGAUAUUUUCUCGUAUACUCCAAAUUUGGAAAAACUGGACUUGGACAGCAAUAAAUUCCACUUUUUGCCCUCCAAAAGUCUAGAUUAUCUCGAUAAAUUAAUUUCGAUCAAACUGGCGAAAAAUCCGUGGCAUUGCGAUUGCAACAUUUUGUACCUAGCUCUAUGGGUCGAUGAAAAUAAGAACAAAGUUUGGGAUACUGAACCCACAUGUCGUAGUCCUGCUGAUUUAGGUGGUGCGUUAUUAAAAGACAUGAGUUUUAACGAUCUGUGUGAUGGGCAAUGGGCAAGUAUGGUAAAUUUGUCGCCCAGAAUACCCGUCAGACAAGUCACCAUUCAACCACCACCAACAACCGAAAAAAACAAUUAGAAUUUAGGUAUUUUAUUAACACAGCUUUGUAAUCUUAAAAAACAGUUCCCAUUCAUCAUGGCCUUAUAUUUUUGUUAUUUUUUUAGUUUAUUCAUUCAACACAUUCAUCAAAAAAGAUAUUCUUGUAAAACGUCUAUUUUAUUUUUUAAUUUUGUUUAUUUUAUUAUCAUCCUUUUUACAUUAAAACAUUUCUUCGUGUUA